ACUGGCCGGACGACCGAGUUUGAUUCCAGGCGUGGACAGGAAAUUGUUUGGCUUUGUGCCUUCGCCCGGUCUGACCACCACGCAGAUCCGAGACGGGGUUCCUGAGGCUACGAGGUACGCGGUACUUAGUGGGCGUAGGCACAACAUUGCCUUCUACUUAAUGUUCUAAGGUGUUCCGGAAGUUGCGAAAUGUGUUCAUUGUUUCACGACGAUCUGUGCUGCAGUGCAUAAUAACGACAGGGGCAGGAAGAGUUGACGUCAGACUCUGCAGACCGGAACUUGCGAUGUUCGUUUGUUUGUGAGGAAUGUGAAUAUUUUCACAUGGUGAUACGGCCUAUGUUAAAUGCUGGACAUGAAGGAGAAUUGUGUGAAUGGUUGAAACAGAUGGGGCUUCUGCGACGAGGACUGAAGUGCUCCAACACAAAUUGCAAGGGAGGCAAAAUGGAAUGGAGUAAGGCCCGAGUUGUUGACAAGUACAAUUGGUCCUGUUCUGCCUGCUCUAAGAAAGUUUCUAUUCGUGAUGGCUCAUUUUUCAUGCCUGUGAAGUGUGAGCUGAAAGUGGUCAUUCAGGCAAUAUUAAGUUGGUGUGAAAGAACGCCAGUGGAAGUUGCAGCAAACAAUUUGAGCCUGAAGACGCACAUAGUGAAGAAAGUGUAUGAGCAGUGUGGGGACGUAGCAAGCAGAUACGUGUUGGAUCACUACCACGACUGGCUGCUGGGAGGAGAUGGGGCUGUGGUUGUUAUUGAUGUGUACCCGGAUGGGUACAUGACCUCUACGCCUCCUGAUAAAGAUGGAGUCAAGAAGAAAACACAGAAAAAGAUAUUAUGUAUUGCUGACACUAGUUGCAUGCCAGCACGUAUCUGGGCGAGAAUCAUCCAGGACCAGUCUGGCAGUCCUAAACCUGGUGUAGUGGAGGAAGCACUGAAGUAUGUACAGCGACAAGUACGUCCAGGUUCAACGUUGGUUGCCAAUGACAGGGCUAUAUGUUGCUCUUUUGAUGUGGUGAAGGAACUACCUGGUUACCCAAGUGUGAUCAGUGUAGAAACACUUAUGGAACUAGAUCUUCCAGGCACUAGACGCAUACAGGAGAACCUAGAUACUAUCUGGCAGUCAGCGGUGGAGGUGUGUGAGGAAGUUCAAGAAUUACAGAAGCCCAAGGGCAAUAUCCUUCUGCACGAGUACAUGUGGCGCCAGCUGUUUGCCGCUACCACCUCCUCGGCACUGGAGUACAUGCUACACCACAUUGCUGAUAGGUACCAGACCAAAGAAGACUGAAACACGAACAACUAUUUGGGUUCCUUUUUUAUAUUUAUAUUUUUAGAUACAGUAUUGAUUCUUUAAGCAAUAACUUGGUCUAACAUAUUGUUACUACCUGUCCAUGUGUCUUCCAUAGUGUGUCCUGUCUUUGGCCGAAGGUCAUUGUAAUGUAUAAAGAAUUUUAGAAAGAUGUGAGAGGGCCAUGAAUGAAGUGACAGGAUUUUGGCAUCUUCUGUCUUCACCACCAUGUCUGAAUCUCUUGGUAGGAAACAGACCACCUAAUGCUGAAGCUGAGAUUGUAUUCUCCUGCAGUGUGUACUUUAUUUACCUGACUAUAAGACAAAGUGUUAUUUUCUCUUUAUUCUUAUUCUUGAGUGUCCAAAUGAAGAAACAUGCUCAAAAAAAAUAUUUGACUAAACAGUUUUUGAUAAAACUGGCAACUGUGCCAUACCUAAAAACAUGCCUAUAACUAUAGUAUCAAUUUGAAAAUAUUCUGAAGGCAGUAUUCAUUGGCUUUUCAUUACCAUUUCUGUUAUGCCCACAUUUAGUCUAUUUUCAUAGAUAUCACAUUAUAGCUAGUAGCUCAAUAUGUCCAGUAUCUUUGCUUCAGCUUAACUGAAGGGAGAGCAGAACAUCAGCUUUGGAAAUAUUCAGUCAUGUAGAUACAUGAGUUUCAAGCUACAUCGCAGUCACCAGACACUGGGCUACCCUCCGUAGAGACUAUUCAGAUAUGUACAGGGUAUUAAUGCUGAUAUUGAAUAUUCAUACUUGUUCACGUUAUUUGUAUUAAGAUUUGCGGUUUUAUGAAAGUGUUUGUGAUGAUUGUGCCUCUGUUUAAUACAUCAUACAAGAGGGACACGUGCUCUCAUCCUCAUAAAAUGCGAUGGGAAUUUGGAAUUAAUGGUUAUCACAUAAAUUGAAGAGAUUAAUAAUUCAUGCAACAUUGAGAAUAAAUGGUACUUCUGAGGCCUGUGUGCAGCGAUGCAUGUUUCGCCAAGAAAACAUUCUCUUGACCAAAAAUUGACCAGUAUAAACUGAUGGAAAAUAAACAUCACUAAGUUCUGUAGGAGAAUUUCAACUAAGAAUUAAGUUUGAAGAAGUAAUAAAAUUGUUUCCUUAAAAUUUUUCUAGUAGGAAGGAGGGUUGCCUUGUAGUCUGGUAAAUACUGUACCGUUCACAUUUUGUGAUAUACACAGGAAUAACUCCUUUUUGCUAAUCACAGGCCAGUGAUGGUCAGUCUUUUAUAUCUUUUAAAUUAUAAAAUUAAGAACUUCUUUGAAAUUUUCUCUACCUGAUUUUUCAUCCAUUUUUAGUCAGUACAAAUAAUCCUCCUCAUUUACAUGUUUAAUUCUUGCAUCUUUGUUGGUGCAUACUGCAGCAUGUUUUUUCUUUCAGUGUCCAUUUGACCAAGUUUAUCUGUAACUAAGAUUUGCAUGGAACAAAAGGAUACAUAUUGAGAGUUACAAAUUAAAGUAUUACGUCCGCAUGACCGAAACAUACCAUGGCCACAUAUUACAUAUUUUGUUUGUGGUGAAGAAACAUUGAGAAAAUAUCAGCUGUACAAGAAGCACUGAAGUGGAAUGGAUACUACUAACCAGCAGUAGGUUGUUUGUCUCUGUCUGUCAGUGUGAAAAACUUUUCUCAGAAUCAAAACCAUUGAACUGGAGAACGUAUUGUUCCUUUCCAGUCUCUCUUGUGGUUUCUGAACACAAUUUAUCUGCUGUAGUUACUAACUUUAAUAAUGACCAUGUGCCUUGCCUUAACUUAUUUUUUAAAACUGGAGGUUGUAUUGUGUGUAUUUAAAAGAUUGCAGCAGGUUAUGGCAGAGUUGGAAGAGAUAUAUUUGUACAAAUAUAAGCCACACCAGAAUUCUAAGAUUUAAGUACAUAAAAACUGACACAAAUUGUCUGCUGGGCUCUCAAAAAUGCAGUAUCAGGUGACAUUAAAAUAAGGGAGACCGAAGGAAAGGCAAAAGCAUGUAUUUAUGGGUUCAUAUGACUACUGAUCGCGUUUGUUAGGUUUAGUAAAAUGUUUUUGAAAUUGCGAUCUUUACAUCCCUCUCACCCACCCAAGCAGUGAAAUAGUUUACCUACCAUUGCAAGUUUCAUGUUCCUACUACAGCUGUUCUACAUAGCUGUCGCAGUAAUAAGUCAAGUGUGCUUUUGUUGAGUAUCCUAUUCUUUUAUUGCAAAUUGUGAACAAAAUUUUAUAUGAUCCUAAUAUCUGGACUCUCAGUUGUAAUUAAUGGAGUUGGCAUGUUCAUUAUUUCUGAAGGUUUCCCUUUUCAUUAACGGUGUUGUCUAGGUUUAGGUCACAUAAUGUUCACACAUCCAGUGCCAAAUCCUGAUUACUGGUUGAAUGGAUUCAUGAAACGUGUGUUGGUGACAACUGUUAAAAUGAGAAAGACAGAGAGUAUGUUUCAGUUUCUGCUGUUACUCGUCAGUAUAGUACUGGUUCAUGCAACAAAUCACCAGAGUCUUGCUCCUGUUUGUUAGGCCGAAGAUUUUCAGACCUUCAGAGUAUGAUGAUCUUACAUCCCCACCUCACUCAAGUGAUGACAUGGUUCACCCACACAGAUUUCAUGUAUUGCAGUAACUGGCUACUACUAAAAGCAAGUUUUUGUGUAAAAAUUUUAAUCCCUGCACCACCUUUGCCAGCUGUUGUUAGGAGACGCAACUUGAUCCACUGUCAAAGCUUCGACUGUAAUGUGAUCUUUAACACAGACAUUUUACCCCUCUUUAUUUCAAGCAGUUUCAUUCAUCCACUCUUCUGUGAAACCAUUGUGUAUAUUUACUAUAAAUUAAAUAUUUGCAGUGAUUCUCUUUCAAAAACCAUAAUUAGCAUUUUGUAAUCAGCCUUGAUGUAGACUGAUUGUCUCACCACAAAAAGUAUUCCGAUUGUAAGUUGCACCCUACUUCUAGGAGUACAGAUUUAGAAAAAAUGUGUGGCUUAUAUUCGUAUCAAUAAAAUAUGUUGGAGGUAUGUGCACAUUUGACUUUUUUAUUUACGCUGAUACGAAGUUAUUAUUUUGCCAAUUUUUUAAAUUUCAUCUUAUAUAUAAGACAAUAAGUGCCUUUGUUAAAACUUUGAGGUGUUGGUUGAAAUUGUUGAUGUUUAUCUCUUGUGAGGUUAUCUUCUUCAAAACUGGGGAGGUGUAGUUUUUUCAACUUUAUAUUGUACAUUUUCUGUAGUAGAGAUUUAUACUGUUCGCCCUAUGGCGCAGGAAUUCUUUGAAAAGCUGAUUAUACUUCCGUAGUGUAAUUUCAUUGUUAUGUAUAAAUUUUAAUGGAUAAGUAUUGGCAUGUUUAAAGCUACUAGUAGUAGAAAUUCACAUGUAACUGGACCUUAUCUAGCAGAAAAGAACAUGGAUGUCCAGAAAAUUAGCGCAUGAUCAGUGUUGAAUAUGUGAGCCUAUUUUUCAUUUCAUAAAACUGUGUGUAGAAUUUUUCAGAAUUCUGGUUGCAGCACAAUGUAUUUGUUUUCCAGUUAACAGUUGUGUUUUUAUGUGUACUGCCUUGGGUUCAUCUGCCUACAUAAGGGAACUUCAGGCCAGUUGACUUGCUGGUCCUUCUCAGUUUCACAAUGAUGAAAGUUUAAUUUUUGUCUAGAUUGUUAAAGUGGUCUAUUACUUUACCUUUUACACGUAAACUGUCUCACUAUGUAUGAGACUGAAAAAUGUUCAAACACAGGUUGUAUUAUUUUGUAUUGUGUACUUGUUUUAUACUGGGUACCUUUCAGGUUACUUAAUAAGAAACAAGCUGAAUGUGGGCAGUCUAUUGCAUUUGAAGAUUUUAAUGUGAAAAAUGCUUGUAGUGUACACAGAAACCAUUUAAACCUUGGCCAUGCCAUUUGUGACUCUGUCCAUUUUGAGAAACUUUGCUGUUGGAAUUGCAGCUUCUCUGAUUCUUUAUUUUCUUGUUCCUCUGAGCACAGCAUUUAUCAAAAGUGAAUCAUCCAUGGCUUCAGUAUAAGGUGACCCAACUCCCUUCAGUGCUUCUCCAAUAUCUCCGUCCUCUGUUUUGCAUAUGUUCUUUCAUUUGAUGUCUGUGGUGGUCAUUUAUUGACUGUCUUUAUUUUUCAUGCUCUUGAAGACAACUUAUUGCCAUCCACACAAAAAACAUAUCUAUACCGCUGUACAAGUAUCCUUAAUUUUAUCAGUUUUCUGUUUAUUUAGACCAUAACAUUAUCUUCCUGUGUUAAAGGAUAUUUUAAAUUGAAGUGGAUAUGCACAGUAAUUUUUGAGGUCUGGUUCUAAUGUAUGUGUUUCCUUUUCAUAAAUGAACACGCGUCUUUAAGCUGUGAAUUGUCGCCUGACCCUUGUAGCUUCAUGCUGCACUGAAUGAUUUUGCAGUUAGAAAUCUACGUUCAGAUAAGUUCAAUAGUGCACUUAAAUUCUGCUUUAUCACAUUAUUUUUAAGCGAAUGAAAAUAUUUUGAAGUUGAUUUUGUUGCUUGUUUUCCAGACAUAGUUUAGUUUUAGGAAAUUGCAACAUGAUUACUGUUGACACUUCUUGAAUUACUGUAUUUUUAAGUGUUGCAUAUUUCUGUCUUCUUAAGACUUUUCACUAUGAUUUCAUGCAGCAGGCAGCUCCUACACAUCAGCUGUUACUUGGUACAUCUUUGAGGUUAUCACAGUAUGUUGCCAAGGGCCGCGGUAAUACUUUGUAAGUUACCGACACUUGCCAUGUAACAUAGUCUUGCCAUUAUGAUAGGAAUAUUUGGAAGUUCUGUGCUUUUUUCUUUGACCACACAGCCUUAUUUUGGUAACUUAAUUGUUGCAGUGCCAAACAUUUGUAAGCACAAUUACAGAAAAUGAAGUCAUAUGAUUAUUUUAAGAAUAUACACACCAACAAUCUUCAGGAAUAACAUGCAUGUUUGUUUUCAUUCUGUUCAAGUGUCUCAUUUUCAUUACCCAUUGAAGUGAUGGCUGUACUUCUUACACAUUGUGUUCAAAUUAUUCUUACCGUAUCAGUCUGUAAAAAACUGCAUAGCGCAUACUGGAUAGUGUAUGUGUGUUUUCUAAAACAUUUUUAUCAUUAACUUGAGUGUGUUUUUUACUUAAGAAUUUCGUCAGUCACGAAAGUAUCGCUGUCUUCUUGUGUACGUGACACUGGGUAUGCUGUGUUCUCAUACCAAUACGUAGUGUGCCAUGCCGUGCUCCACCUGCAUAGUCACUUUGGACUUUGUACCUACUGCUGUCUCAAAGUUUAGUAACAUUUGUAAGUGAUGUUACUUUAUGGUGUAAAAUAUGUGUGGAUUUGGUUUUCAUUUCAUUGCAAAAAUGAGGCUGUAUGAAUCAAGUGGUGAACUAUGUUAUGUGCUUGAAACUUGUCACAGCCUGUGACAUUUUUAUAUAAAAAUAAUGAGAUUCCUUAUCACAUACAUAAUCUUUUUUCUGAAAUCUGUGUUCUUCCUAUUUUCACUUACAGUACACGUGUUUCUAUUUUGUUUUCGGGGCACAGUAUAUUGAACUGAAUGUAAGCAUGAAACUUUCCUUAAACACUAUUUCAGUGGACUAAGAAAAUUAAAUUACUUAGAACCUGCAGUUACUGUUACAUCUCAAGGAAUUUCUUCUUGUUAUUUGUACGUUCUUGUUGAACACUGAAGCUUCAGAAGACACUAAUUCACAAUCAGGUUACUGGAUUCAUUUCUGUUGAAUAGUGUGCAUAUGUGCACCAGUGCAUUCAUGUUAAUUGUAAAUGUUGUUAAAAUGGGACUAAAAUCUAUUGGAAAGCUAAACAGUUAGUUGUUAAUUAAUUCAUAGUGCUAAAACAGAGAUGUAUUUUUUGGGCUCAUAAAAUUUGUUGACAUGUGUCUGCAUGCAGUAUGAAGUGGACUGCACUUACGUGUUCUUCCAGAAGGUUGUUGGUGCAUAUGACCUUUAACAUUUUGAAGUAAUUUAACUACAGUAUUACACUGUGGUAAGGAAGUAGUGUAAUUUAUUGUUCUUUGAAACACAUGAUUAGGAUUUAUUAUAUUAGUGUUUUGAAAUCACAGACAUUUGUGACUAAAAAUUCAAAUUUUAAUGUGUUUGUUAUACCAUGUAUGGUAUUAAUAUAUAUUAUUAUUAUUAUUAAA